AUGCCUGGAGACGACAACAUCUUCCACCAAUACAAAGACCACAACCCAUACUGAAAAGCACGUGGCCCUGCCUACAAUGAGCGUAGACAUCAGCUAUUUUGGACAGCCCGUAGAAGAAUUCCUGGGACUGUAAGCAAGCUUUCUCUUGCAUGCCUUUUUACUUGUUUCUUUUAUGGAGUUUAUUCAUUUAAAAAGGCCAGAACAGAAAGAGACAGAGGAAGAAUGAUUCUCUAUGAGUAUAAAAGAAAAUCCAUACCUUUCUUACAAGCUAUUGAAGACAGAAGAUUUUUAGCAUCAGAAAAAAGGAAAGAAUGGCUGGUUGAUGCGCUCUUUGAAGAUAAAGAAGAAAUGUUGGCACUUAAAAGACUAUACAAUGAUCCAACUGCAUAUCCUGGACCUCAGACGCCUGGCCAUUGGCAUUAUGGAGGCACGCAAAGAUCAUAUAAGGCUGCUUGGGGACAAUUCCAAGACUGGAGCUAUGGAAAUGACGCAUAUCGCAGGAAUAUCCCUUCAGCUCACUUCUAACUCUUUCUUCAUAUUGCAAAAAAUAUCAAAAUUUUGGAUUUUGUAUGAGCAGGAUUAAUAAAAUAAUAUUUUUAUAUAUAAUAAUUAAGUGAACUCUAAUAAAUAAAGCGUGUAA